GCAGAUCCGGUCGGCCAUGUGUAAACCCUAGGACGUAGCUACCAUCGGCCUGCGACGAGUCCACUCUUGUGCUUAGUCGCUCCCUGUUGAAAGCUUGGCUGGUUGAACUCGCUUGCUCAUUUCCUGAGUGCGCGUGACGUUCUUGGUUGGACUGCGUCCGAGACUGUCGUGACUCGUCCCCUCUCCGAUGCUCGAAUCGUUAGCGUCUCGCUGUUCAAAUACCUCACCGUUUGGUAUCUGAUUUAAAAGCGCCUUAGGUCUCGGGACGCUUUAUUCACUCAGUUAAUUUCCCCGCAGAUCCUGAAUUGGUGUUAGCAAAUUCGAGCUGAGCAGCCAUGUAUAACGGUAUCGGUCUUCAGACGGCCCGCGGGUCCGGCACUAACGGGUACGUGCAGGCGAACAAAUUCGUGAUCCGGCACCGGCACGUCAAGGUCGAGUCAAAAGAAUUCCAGGAGGGCGCGGGGACGGGCGGCGUGAGCCGAAAGGCGAACAAGGAGAUUCUCGAGCACGACCGCAAGCGGCAGAUCGAGCUGAAGCUGCUGCUGCUGCGCGAGACGCUGGAAGAGCAGGGGUACCUGGAUGACGAGAUCGAGGAGCAGGUGGAGCAGGGCCGGGCGCAGCUCGAGGCCGCCAUGCGAGAGGAAUCCGAGGACCAGGCGCUGGAGUCGCUAGGGAACCAGACGCAUCAGAUCGUGGCGCGGAAGGAGAAGAAGAUGGAGACGCUCAAGGCCGCUCUGCGCAUUAACGAGUCAGCUAAAGAAGGGGAGGCGUUCGACCGCGAGCUGCAGGAGCAGCGGCGGCAGGAGCGGGCGCUGGCGCGGGAGGAGGCGGAGGAGGCGCGGCGGAAGGAGGAGCGGGAGCGGGAGAAGGAGGAGCGGCGGAGGGAGAAGCAGCGGCGGAGGGAGGAGAAGGAGAUGAAGAAGAGGUUGAAGAAGGAAGAGAAGGCGCGGCGGAGGGCGGAGGAAGAGGCGGCGGAGAAGGAGGCGGAGAUGCGGCGGAAGGAGAAGAAGGAGCGGAAGCUGCGGGAAUUGGAGGAGGCGCGGAGGGCGGAAGAAGCGGCGGAAGAGGCUCGGAGGGCGGAGGCGGAAGCCAGGCGGAGGGAGGAGGAAGAGGAGGAGCGCAGGGAGGCGGAGAGGCUGAGGGGAGAGCGGAAGAGGGCGGAAGGGCGGAGGAAGGACGAGGAUGGGACGCGGAGGGGGGACGGGAGGAGGGGGAGGCGGGGGGAGGAGGAGCAGGGGAGUGAGCGGAAGAAGCAGAGGAGGGACGCUGCUGCUGAUGCUGAUGAUGUGGAGGGGGACGAGGAUAGGUGGAUGGCGGGCAAGAGCAUAUCGUUCAAGAAGCGAGAGGGGGCGAAGGGGGAUAGAGCGGAAGAGUCGAGCGAGGAGGGUCGCGGCAGCAGGCAGCACAGGUCGUUCCGCGCCGAGCCUAGGGACCUCUCGCCCGCACGCCGCUCUCCCUCCCCCACCAGGCGCCCCUCCCCCAUCAAGCGCGCCUCCAGCCCUAAGCGCGCGCCCAGCCCUAAGCGCGCGCCCAGCCCCAAGCGUGGUCGCUCCCCCAGCCCUCAGAAAGGCCGCUCCCCGAGUCCUCCUAUCGCCCGCUCUCCCGCUCCUAGGCGCCCCCCCCCUCCUAGCUUUAAGCGCGCCCGCUCCCCCAGCCCCAUUCGAGGCCGCUCGCCGUCCCCCCAGUCCCCCAAGCGGCGACCAGUAAGGGCUGCUGCUGCUGCUGCUGCUCCUGCUGCUGCUGCUGCUGCUGCUGCUUCCCCUGGCAGCUCCUCUGACCCCUCUCAGUCCCCCUCUAGGUCACCCUCCCGCUCGCCCUCGCCUCCCCAACGCAGGCAGGUUCCUCCUGCUGGUCCCAGGCCCCGCCACGACAGCAGAAGCGCGUCUCCUGUUCCAAGGGGCGGCGGCAGGGGCGGGGGCGGCUCUCCUGUUGCAAGGGGGGGCAGGGUUGGCUCCCCUAUUGCAAGGGACGGCGGCAAGGGCAGGGAUGCCGGCAAGGGCAGGGAUGCUGGCAAGGGCAGGGAUGCUGGCAAGGGCAGGGAUGCUUCUCCAAUCCCCAGGCGCGGCAGGGGUGGCUCUCCUGCUGCGAGGGAUAGGGAUGUGCGGAGCGGUGGGGAGGUUAAGGGGCGUGCAGUGAGGCGUGACUCUCCUCCUGAGUCGCGCUCUCCCAGCCCCCAGGAGAGGGGGCGCACAGCGAGGGGGAACAGAGGCGAGGGCAAGGGGCGAGGGGGGAGGGACCGCUCGCCUGAGUUUAGGGGUGGGCAUAGGGACAGCGAGGGAGGGAGGAGGCGGAGGGGGAGGGAUGAGGAAGACGAGAGUGAAGACGAGUCACCAAGGGGGAGGCGUGGGAGGUGAUGGGAGGUGGUGAGGGGUGAUGGGAGGUGGUAAGGGGUGAUAGGAGGUGAUUAAAGGUGGUGGGGGAACGAAGUGGGCUGGCAGACCAAGCGGGGAUUCUACAGGGUAGGUAAAUGAUGUUAUGGCAGUGGUGCUGAUGGUAUUCAGAGAAUGUCAUUCACGGUAUUGCACUGCUCUUUACCUUACAUUGAUUGUGUAGAACAGACACCUGUUAGCAU